AUGACUGGAGAGAAGAAACUGUCCAACAAGGUUAUCAACUGUAUCACACAGUUGCCCUAUAAGAUUGAGAAAAUAAGUGAUGAUGACACGGAGGCUAACGAUCCAUCCUGUUGGUCAAUUGAACCAAUAAGUGGUAAUUCCGCUUUGCAAUCAAGUCUCAAAUAUUUGAACGAGUCACCUAAUUGGGAACACCAUAUCGUUGCAUGGACCGGUGAAAUCCUUAACUCAGAUGAGAAUCCCGAUAGAUCCAUGUAUUUGACGCAGGCUGAAAAGGAAGUCAUUGCCACCAUGUUGCAAGGGAAAGAAGCUGAGGGUUGCACCCACACUGUUCAUCCGGUAUGGCUUUUAAGGAAGGAUCAAUACCGUUGGAGGAAAUUUGCUGAAAACGUUAUCUGGCCUGCAUUGCACUAUAUCUUGAAUGCACCGGAUGACGGUACUUUAGAAAACGUUUGGUGGUACGAUUACGUGAAGUUCAAUGAAGCUUACGCUAUGAAAGUGGCCCAAAUUUAUCAACCAGGUGAUAUCAUCUGGGUUCAUGAUUACUACUUGAUGUUGCUUCCUCAAUUAUUAAGAAUGAGAUUCAACAAUGCAACCAUUGCAUACUUCCAUGAUACUCCUUGGCCAUCAAACGAAUAUUUCAGAUGUCUUUCCAGGAGGAAGCCUGUCCUGGACGGUCUCUUAGGCUCCAACAGAAUUUGUUUCCAAAACGACGGUUUCGCUAGACAUUUUGUUUCCAGUUGUCAAAGGCUUUUGGGUUGUACUGCAACGAAAUCUAGCAAUUCAAACGCUAAUAACUCAGACGAGUAUCGGAUAACGUCUUAUGGUGGUGACGUUUUGGUUGACUCUUUGCCUAUCGGUGUUGAUACGGAGCAAAUACAAAGGGAUGCGUUCUCUCCAGAUGUCGAUGAAAAAGUUAACGCAAUCAAGAAGGCUUACGAGGGAAAGAAAAUCAUAAUUGGUAGAGAUCGAUUGGAUACUGUCAAAGGUGUUUUACAAAAGCUACAGGCGUACCAGGUAUUCCUAGCUAUGUAUCCGGAAUGGCGGGGUAAAGUGGUUUUGAUUCAAGUCAGUGGUCCAACAGCUAAAACCGAUGCAAAUAUAAAACUUGAGUCUCAAGUUAACGAAUUGGUGUCGUCCAUAAACGGUGAAUAUGGUAAUUUGAACUAUAGUCCUGUCCAGCAUUAUUACCUGAGAAUUCCCCAAGAUGUUUAUUACUCCUUGCUAAGAGUAGCUGAUGUUUGUUUGAUUACCAGUGUUAGAGAUGGUAUGAAUACAACUGCAUUGGAAUUUGUCACAGUUAAAUCACAACUAUCCAAAUAUAAUUGUUACGCAUCACCAUUGAUUUUGAGUGAGUUUUCUGGUACUUCUACGAUCCUAACCGAUGCAAUAAUCAUAAACCCCUGGGAUGCGGUUGCUGUGUCAAAGGCUAUAAACAAAGCACUCAAAUUAACACCGGAACAAAAAGAGACAUUAGAACUGAAGUUGCGGAAAGAAGUUCCUACGAUCCAAGAUUGGACAGAUAAAUUUUUAGGUAAAGUGGUUGAUCUUGUCGAACAUAAGAUAGGAAAUCAAAAGAUUACACCUGCCUUGAAUCGUCCUUUGCUCUUAAAGACUUAUAAGAAGGCCAAAAGACGUUUAUUCUUAUUUGAUUAUGAUGGUACAUUGACGCCUAUCGUGCAGGAUCCUGCAGCUGCUAUUCCAAGUGCAAGAUUGUAUUCUAUAAUAACCAAACUUGCUCAGGAUCCGAAGAAUAAGAUAUGGCUCAUUUCAGGUCGUGAUCAACAGUUUUUGAAUAGAUACUUUGGUACCAAAAUACCACAAGUAGGUUUAAGUGCUGAACAUGGUUGUUUCAUGAAGGAUGUUAGCAGUGAGGAAUGGAUUAAUCUCACAUCUAAGUUUGACAUGUCGUGGCAAAAAGAGGUGGGGCAAAUAAUGGAGGAAUACACCAAGAAGACUCCAGGUUCAUUCAUCGAAAGGAAAAAAGUUGCAUUGACGUGGCACUAUAGAAGAUCUGAUCCACAAUUGGGUGAGUUUAAUGCAGACGCCUUGAAAACUUCACUAGAGAAAAUAACAGAUGGUUUAGGCGUCGAAGUUAUGGAAGGUAAAGCAAACAUUGAAGUUCGUCCAAGUUUUGUAAACAAAGGUGAGAUUGUUAAAAGAUUAGUAUGGACACCUCAUGGAGCGAAACAAUUAAUCGAAGAUAACUUCUCAAUUGAUGAAAAUGUCCUAAGAGAUGAACUGCCGGAGUUUGUUCUUUGUCUCGGUGAUGAUGUAACCGAUGAAGAUAUGUUUAAACAGCUUAACCACAUUGAAGAGCAAUGGGACGAGAAAUACCCUAAUUUCGAAUCCUCUGAUGGCUUUGGUAUCUAUCCUGUUACUGUUGGUUCUGCUUCCAAAAAGACGGUCGCAAAAGCCUACCUCACUGAUCCACAACAAGUGCUAGAUACUCUAGGGUUACUUGUUGGAGAUGUCUCUUUAUUCCAAAGUGCCGGUACUGUUGAUCUAGAUGAUAGAGGACAUCUGAAGGAUAGUGAAAGUAGUUUGAGAUCUGAGCAAGCAAGUGCUGCAUAUGCCAUGAAAAGAUCGACAUCUUCAAACAAUGGUCUGAAAAAGUCAUCCAAGAAUAAUUAA